CUUUGUAAAGGUCAUCAAGUUUUCUAACCAGAGUCAAAGUUAUAUACAAAAGACGUGUUUAUUCUGGUUUAGUAUUUUGUUAUAAGCGAUUGUGCCUUCAAACAUAAUCAUGGGCUCCCGAUUUCAAGUUGUAGAACAAGGUCCUCCUAUCGAAGUUUUUCAAUUAAAUAAGGCUUUCACGGAGGAUUCUUAUAAAAAUAAAGUCAAUCUUAGCGUUGGAGCCUACAGAGAUGAGAAUGGCAAACCCUGGGUUCUGCCAGUUGUGCGGAAAAUGGAGAAACAAAUGGCAGAAGAUGAAUCUUUAUUACAUGAAUACCUGCCCGUCCUUGGACUCGACGCUUUCACCGAAGCUUCAGUCUCUAUGCUGCUUGGAAAGGACAACCCUGCGAUAGCUGAGGGUCGUGCAUUCGGUGUGCAAACACUGUCUGGAACAGGCGGUCUCCGGGUCGGAGCUGAACUCCUGAACAAGCAUCUGAAGUACGACACGUUCUACUACUCGAAUCCUACAUGGGAAAACCAUCACUUGGUGUUCGUGAACUCUGGGUUCACAAAUCCAAGGACGUAUCGCUACUGGGACGAGAAGACUCUCUCUAUAGACUUCGACGGUCUCAUAGAGGAUCUCAAGAACGCUCCAGAGAAUUCCGUCAUACUGUUACACGCGUGCGCACACAACCCCACAGGCAUAGACCCCAGCCAUGAACAGUGGGAGAAGAUCGCUGAUGUCAUGGAGGAGAGGAAGUUGUUCCCGUUCUUCGACAGCGCGUACCAAGGCUUCGCGUCCGGAGACCUGGACCGAGACGCCUGGGCCGUGCGCUACUUCGUCAAGAGAGGCUUCGAGCUGGUCUGCGCACAGUCCUACGCCAAAAACUUCGGAUUAUACAACGAGCGUGUCGGUAACCUGACCGUAGUGCUGUCUGAGUCUAGUCACGUGGCGCCGCUCAAGUCACAGCUGACGUGGAUCGUGCGAGGGAUGUACUCCAACCCUCCAGCGCACGGGGCGAGGGUUGUCGCUCAAGUGUUGCGGAACGAUGUGCUAUUUGAUCUGUGGAGAGACCACAUCAAAUUCAUGUCCUCGAGGGUUAUGCAGAUGAGAGAGGCUCUGAGAGCGGAACUAAUUAAGUUGGGCACCCCCGGCAACUGGGACCACAUCGUCAAACAGAUCGGUCUGUUCUCCUACACGGGUCUGAGCCGGCGUCAGUCGGAGCACCUGAUCCAGGAACACCACAUCUACCUUCUCAGAACCGGCCGCAUCAACAUCUGCGGCCUCAACCCCGGCAACGUGCAGUACGUGGCGCGCGCCAUCAACGACGCCAUCACCAAGUUCCCCACGGACCAGUAAUUUACUUUUUUUUAAUCGUCGGAGCGCUCUGUAUAGUCUGUGGAGUUGGAAUACCGCCGCGCCGGCAGCUUGUGACGCAUUUAUGAAGAGAUAUCGCUCGCGCACUUUAGAACGUUCGCGGUCAACGGAUCACUAUAGCUUGUAUCGGUUCCUUAGUAUUUUUUAUAAAUCAAAUUUCAGAUUUGUAUCAUUUUUUGACACACUUUAUUAAACUAGCGAGUAAAUUUGUAAAGGUAUACAUUUUUUAGAUGUUUUACAAUGUAAUUGCAUUUUAGUUUGUAUACUGGCAACACCUUUAGCUAGCGAUGUAGUAGUUGUUAAGGUUCAAAAAUCAUUAAUAGCAAAUCAUAUUAAACUGGCAACACUGCCGUAUAAUGUUUAUAGAAGUAAGCAAGCCUUAUUGGUCGGUAUUUUACAUACUUGUAUUCAGUAUUAAAAGCUUCAUUGCGAGACCAAAAUAUUAAGAAACACCAAUUUAUAUGAGGAAUAUAUAUAUUUUUUUCUCUUCAACAUCUCAUCAAUCAGCAUCACCACACUUGUAACUGCAUUUUGCUAUCAAAUAGCCCGUUUUUCAUGUAUUUAGUUAGUUAUUUUGAUGAAAAUAUAUAAAUCUCUGUUACAA